AUGGGAACUACGAAUCUUAAGAUUCCUUCAAAAAACUCUAUUGACAAUCAAGAGACCCUUCCUUCUAGGACAUGUUGUGUUAUCGCCGAGUUUCUCACUGGUGGAACGCUGAAACAAUACUUGAUAAAAAACAGGGGAAAGAAACUUGCGUAUAAGAUUGUGGUUCAGCUUGUUUUGGACCUCUCCAAAGGUCUUAGCUAUUUGCAUUCGAAGAAGAUUGUUCAUCAUGAUGUUAAGUCGGAGAAUAUGUUGCUAGAUGGUAACCAGAAUCUAAAGAUAGCUGAUUUUAGAGUUGCUCGCGUUGAUGCUAUGAAUCCAAGUGAUAUGACUGGUGAAAUUGGAACCCUCAACUAUAUGGCUCCCGAGGUUUUUGAUGGUAAACCUUACAAUAGGAUAUGUGAUGUCUAUAGCCUUGGCAUUUGCUGGUGGGAAAUUUAUUGGUGUGAUAUGCCUUAUAAAUAA